AUGUAUCUACUAUGUUCACUGGCUCCAAAUUUGUGCCAGCGCGAGGUGCAGUUCUUCAACCAGUACGAUCAGCUAAUAACGAACUACAUGACCGAAUUCGAGCUCGACCUCUCGGCGGAUCUUCAACCUCCCAAAGACUUGUACGUAGAGGUGCGCGUACUGCGCGACUGCGGCGAGGUCAUGACCGAGAGCGGAUUGGUGAAUCUGGACGCUCAUUCGCACCAUUUCUUACGACGCGUGGACGUGGAGCAGCUCAUCCGCCAGGGGGUCCUCGAGCAGAUAAAGCGCUGA